AUGGUGGACGUGCUGGGCGGGCGGCGCCUGGUGACCCGCGAGGGCGCCCCGGUGGAGGCCGAGGCGGUGCUGCAGAACAAGGUGGUGGCGCUGUACUUCGCGGCCGGCCGGUGCGCGCUGAGCCGCGACUUCACGCCGCUGCUCCGCGACGUCUACGCGGCGCUGGUGGGCGAGGCCCGGCGCCCCGCGCCCUUCGAGGUGGUCUUCGUGUCGACGGACGGGAGCGCGCGGGAGAUGCUGGACUUCAUGCGCGAGCUGCACGGGCCCUGGCUGGCGCUGCCCUUCCACGACCCCUACCGGCACGAGCUGAAGAAGAGGUACAACAUCACGGCCACCCCCAGGCUCGUGGUUGUGAAACCAAACGGGGAGGUCAUCACCCACCGAGGGCGGACGCAGAUCCGGGAGCAGGGGCCCGCCUGCUUCCAGAGCUGGGUACAGGUGGCCGAUGUCUUUCAGAACUUCUCCGGUUGACCUGGCAGAGAUCUCGGCGCCAGGCUGGGGCCGCC